AUGUCAAUGGUUGUUGCGAACUGGAAGCAGUGUUUUAACUUCGAGGGGUUAACAGCUCGGAGAGAUCAUGCAGAAGUCACACUUGGUCAGUUGAUGUUAUUGGAAUUAGGUGAUUUACCUAAGUUAAUGCAUUAUGGAGGAUGGUUCCCAAAAACCUUCAAGGUUCAUAAGUGCAAGAUGAUUGAAGAAAUUAUUGACACGGAAGAAGAUCUUUUGAAGAUCAAGAUUUUAGACGAGAUUAAAACCUCAAUUGCUUUUGCUCUGGAAACUGUGAAUUUCAAUUUGCCUCCGCUGUCGCAGUCGCCACCGCUCUCGCCGAUAAAAGCUCAGGUUAUGAGUGGGUAUUCUCCGAUAUCGCGAUACAGUGAUCGCAUGUUGAGUGUUGAUUCUUGUGGGUUGAAUCGGUUGAGUCAAUUCAAUAAUGGGUCUUUGAGUUACAAAGAUGUGCUCACUGAGUUGAUGAGCUCGUUGGAGACUAUGAAUGUUAAUGAAGCUUCACAUGCAAGUGAUAAGAAUAGGAAACUGUCUUGGGUCGAUGUUAAUUUCAAUGGUGAUGAUCAGCAGCAGUUUAUUCUCUCUCCUUCAACCCCAAGUCCUUCUGGGUUUGCACAUUUUUUGGCUGGAGAUUGUUCAAGUAGGAGCUUUGUUGAUGAUAAGUUCAAUGAAAGUGGUUUGGCUGAUCCUGAUCUUGGGUGGGUCAAUGAUCUCUUGACCUAG